AACACAAAGUAGAAAACAAAGCCCUCCGUCAAUGGAGGUUGGGAAUGUUGCACCCUUAAGAUAUGGUGUCUCAACCUCCCAACGAAAAUAUACACAGCUCCUUUGCGUAAUCCUUAUUAUUAUUCUUUUGCUUGCCCUACUUAUUAUAGCUAUCACCAUCUUAAUUGCGUUUAAAUACGCAGACACGCCUCAAUUUCAUGUAAAAACCAUUGAAAUUUCAGCAUUUACCGUAAAAAGUAUAAAUCCAUCGGUACUAUCAACUAAUAUUGAUGUGUUUUUUAAUACAUAUAACAAAAACAUGUUAUUAGGGUUAGAUCUUUGGAAUGUGGUUAUGGAAACUACAUGGAAUGAGAAUGAGAUUGGGGCACGUUUACGAAGAACACAAAAAAUGCAUCAUUUUACACAAGGUUAUAAAACUAUAUCUUUUUUAAGGAUGAAUGCUAAAGCCGAAUUUCAAAUCACAAAUACUACUAAUGGUAAUAUUAAAAAGGAAGAUAUGAAGCUUGAUUUGAUUUUAAGAGGGGAACUUACUUAUUAUUCGGGUAUUUUGUGGUCUCUACGACGUCGUUUUAUGGUUCUCUGUAACGGUGUUUCUAUCCUUUCCUCGAAUGCCACUUGUAAAACAAAAUUGUUUUAUAGUAACAAUAUAUGAAAAAAUUUGCUCAAGACUCAGAGACGAAGACAGAAUUUUAAGUGAAAGGGACCAACAUUUUCGAUAGAAGCUGAUUGGCACUUUCUACGUAAUAGCUAGGUAGUAUCAGCGCUUGGGCAAACAAGAACAUGGCAAGGGUGAGCAAUCGCGAGCAAGAGAAUGACGGUUAAGAGUUCUGUUUUCGAGAUAAACUAACGAUUGAUCGGACGAGAAGCCGCAAACGAUCUAACUACAAGACUACAUCUGCUUCGGUGAUCUAAAAUUAUGUUAUAAUAGGCAACAUAUUUCUCGGCCGCGCAAAUGAGGAAUCAAAGGAGUAUAAUCCUAUAGAUAUAUGUUAUGACUUUUUGUGUUCAAGUGCUUGGACGAGUAUGUGCUCGAACAAGCCGUGAGCCCAAAUUUAGGUGUUAAAUACUUGCACAUAUUAGAGAAAAAGAUCUAAUUAAUCUUCAAAUGUUUUUCAUGUAAUUAGGGCAUUAAGAGCAAAUAGUAAGCCCAUUAAUUUAAAGGAUAAAGCACAAAACUUACCCAUGCUAAUUUUGGUUGGUAUAUAAAA